AGACUAUGUCUAAACCGCGACGAUCGCGACAUUUGCUGGGAUUUAUUUUUGUUCUCGCGCUCUGCUCAGUACUACUCACGGGCUUGUAAUAUCCGCGCAAGAUUAGUUGAAAAAUUAUAAAGUUAACUAAGGAAUUAAUAUUUCUUUCGAUUGCUUCGACACAUAAUGGGUAUCGAACAGUUGGCCUACAGCGUGGGCUUUAUCGCGUUAACCAGUGCGAUCGCGUCAAUUGCGCGUGGUUUGAACAACAAAUUGUCCAAGGAUGGACUAGUGAAAGAGCUAAUAUUCGAGGCGAUAGCCGCGGCUGAACUUUGCGGAUGUUGUUUCGAGCUAAUCAUCGUGGCAGAUAAUUUCGGUGUUGCAACGUACGCGGUGUUCCUUUUCACACUGACGAUCUGGUGGGGUUUGCAGUGGGGCAAUGCAACGGCCUGUCCGUAUACGUAUUUGGAACAGGUAGUGCAAGGUGAGGUCAGCUUUAAGGAAGCUGCUCUGAAAACUUGGGCCCAGCUCAUGGGCGGAUGCUGCGUGUUCCGUUAUGUUCAACUGUACUGGUGGUUGGAGUUAGCUGAAACUCACGAGGGCAGAGCAUUUGAAGAUUGUUCAGCAGAUUUGAAGGUAAACCUGUAUUGGGGCGCAAUCAUCGAAGGAUUCGCCACCCUAUGUUGUCGACUUGCUUCGAAAGUGAUUUCCGAAAAAGAUGCUAAAUUUGGUGCCUUCAUUGAUUCGUUUGUUGGCACUAGCCUAGUUGUUGCCGCUUUCAACUACUCUGGAGGAUACUUCAAUCCUGUUUUGGCUACUGCCUUGAAGUGGGGUUGUGCAGGUAACUCAGCACUGGAACAUAUCGUCGUAUACUGGAUAGGAUCAUGCGUUGGUGCUGUGCUGUCAGUUCCACUGUUUAAGACUUCUACCUUCCGUAAUUUGUUCUUGGCCGAUAAGAUCAAAUCCGAAUAAUAUAUCUUAAGGAGCUUACCAACGAGCUUGGUUACGGCUUGGCUUUUCUCUAGACAAGAUUUUAUCACUACGAUUCUAGUCACUACUGUCGAAUGUUGAACCGAGAAUGAACUUAUUCCUUGUUGGUUCAUUCAACCAAUUUCAAGUUAUCACGAUGUGAAAUUCCGUCCCUAGAUUGUAUUCAUCAUUUAAUAUAUCAUCCAUGGAUGCAGCA